GCUUCUCCUUAACUGAAAAUCUUCAUUCCAAACUCAGAAUGAUAAUGCCCUGGGCUAUUACAGGAUUAUGAUAGUACUGCUUUCUUUGUUUGGCUGCCCAGCAGUGUCCACAUCCAGAGAAGAGAUGGUGAUAAGGAUAUUUGUCCUGCUGGCCAUCUUAACUGAGACAUUGGCAGGCCCAUGUACCCCAAAUAAAGCAGAUGUUAUUCUUGUAUUUUGUUAUCCUAAAACCAUCAUCACAAAAAUACCAGAGUGUCCCUAUGGAUGGGAAGUGAACCAGCUGGCUCUUGGAGGGGUUUGUUACAACGGAAUCCAUGAGGCAGGUUACUACCAGUUCAUAAUCCCUGACCUGUCACCUAAAAACAAGUCCUAUUGUGGAACCCAAUCUGAGUACAAGCCCCCUAUCUACCAUUUCUUCAGCCACAUUGUGUCCAAUGACAGCACAGUGAUUGUGAAGAGCCAACCAGUGAAUUACUCCUUCUCUUGUACGUAUCAUUCAACCUACUUGGUCAACCAGGCUGCCUUUGAUCAGAGAGUGGCCACAGUGCAUGUCAAGAACGGGAGCAUGGGCUCCUUUGAAAGCCAGUUAUCUCUGAACUUCUAUACCAAUGCCAAGUUCUCCACUAAAAAAGAAGCCCCUUUUGUGUUGGAAACCUCAGAAAUUGGAUCAGAUUUAUUUGCAGGUGUGGAAGCCAAAGGGUUAAGUAUUAGGUUUAAAGUCGUCCUGAACAGCUGUUGGGCCACACCUUCAGCAGACUUCAUGUAUCCCAUGCAAUGGCAGCUAAUAGGGAAAGGAUGCCCCACUGAUGAAACUGUUCUGGUUCAUGAAAAUGGCAAGGAUCACAGAGCAACUUUUCAGUUCAAUGCUUUCCGCUUCCAGAAUGUGCCCAAACUCUCUAAGGUUUGGCUACACUGUGAGACGUUCAUCUGUGACAGUGAAAAGUUCUCCUGCCCAGUGACCUGUGACAAAAGAAAGCGCUUUCAUGAAGAGACAGGAGGAGUGUUAGUUGUGGAACUUUCUAUUCGGAGCCGAGGCUUCUCCAGUCAUUAUACUUUCUCAGAGAUUCUCUAUCACCUGGUCUUCAUGCUUGGCUUCUGUGCCAUAAUAGGAGACCACACAGCAUCUGUGGUCCCUUGACCCAAGGUCACCCUUCGCUGAUGACAAAUUCAUAUUCAUUUCUGCUACCAAAAACAACAAAAAUUCUUUUAUCAGGAAAGUGAAUAAAAUGGGCAAGUUUUUGUUUGUUAUUUUUCUAAAUUUCCCAAAUUUCAGGGAGUUUUCUUUGUUUAAUUGCUGUUCCCCAAUUUGUCUGUUGCUAUUUCUUAAGUUUGAAAGGGACUUUCCUAUUCACUCAGUUCCUCUUCCUUUAAUUGGGAGAGGCUUUAUUUUCCCUUCCAAAUUUAAAAGUCAAGGACCAAAGUGCAGUGCUUUGAAAACUAUGUUAGAGAUAACAGUGCACUGGCCAAACAAAGCUGACCUUUUGAAGGGGGAGUUGAGGGCCAUUCAUUUUGAGCCAAUCCUAGUGUAGGAUACCUAAGAAAGGUCAGCUCUUUGGAUAAGCAUGAUUCUAUCUAUGCAAAACUGUCAGGCUUAGGCUUCCCACUCCUGAAAUAAAUGUGUGACAACAAGGUGUAAAAGCUAGUAAGCACCAUGGGAAAACCAAGGAUCCCCAGACUUUUCUCAGUUUUGCCACAAAAUAAAUUUGUGGUCUCUGAUGACUUGAAGAGACUCCAAACCCCAUCAAUAAAUAGCUUUUUUUUUUUAAUUACACCAUAAUAUAAUACCUAGCAUAGUAGUUACUCGAUACUUAUUUGCUGAUCAGAUUGAAAUGAGAAUAGGAAUGCUUACUGCACACUUGUGGAUACAAAAUUCUUUCAACAUGUCCCAGCUUAUUUUCAAAAUCUGAAACUCCAAACUACACAAGUUACACACGAACAUACACACACACACACACACACACACACAC